AUGGCUUUUCCUCCCUCAACGUCUUCCCCUGGAGGGAAAAACGCGACCGCACCGGGCGGCAACAAUGCCACAGCUAUUGCGGCAGCUGCCAGGAAGGCGGCGGCGUUGAAAAGAGCCCAUCAACGAGUCAUAAGCGAAGAGGCUGUGGAGCAUUAUGCUAUUGCUCUGGCUGGUGUGAUUGUGCUGUUCACGAUAUUUCACUGGAGCCGAUUCUUGUAUAGUCGAUAUGCCUCGAAGGGUGUUAAGAGAUCAGGUGCUAUGAAGAUACAGGUGUCUAUUGCUCGAAUGGUUCGGCACAUUCUCACCCACAGAGUCCCAGGCUUCACUUCUAUUGGACAUGCAGUGCUUGUAAUGAUUUUUCUUCUCCUCAACAUCCUCUUCCUGUUCAUCCACAUGGAUUAUACCACAAUACUUCCGUUCGCUAAGCGGAUCGGAUGGAUGGCAAUUGGCAACAUCGCAUUUGUUACCUGCUUAGCUCUCAAGAACACCCCACUCGCGUUUCUGACUGCGUAUUCAUACGAAAGACUCAACAUCCUCCACCAAGUAGCCGGCUACACAACGGUGAUAUUCUCGCUGCUCCAUGGGAUCUUCAUAUCAAUCGGGUUUAUCAAGAUCAACAUGAGGAAAAUGUUACAAGAACAUGAACAGACAUUCGGCAUCACUGCAGGCGUCGCCAUGUUCGUAAUGAUGACAUUUGCCCUCCUUGUGCGCCGGAUCCGAUACGAAGUGUUCUACGUCUCCCACAUCGCGAUGUUCAUCAUUCUCAUCGUCAUGGUUGGCUUCCACCAACCGCAUAUCGCUGAGAAGGGGGCUAUUGCAGUCAUAUUUGCGGGUACUAUCUGGACUUGCGAUCGUAUUCUGAGAGGGUUGCGAGUGCUCUGGUACAGUUACGACAAUCGAGCAACCAUCACUCCUCUUGCCCAUGGAGGAACUCGGAUCAUCCUCCGACGCUCUCCAUCUCGAGCAGUUCCCGGUACUCACUGUUUCUUAUGGAUCCCAAAGAUUAGACUUUUCGAAACCCAUCCUUUCACAAUUGUCAGCAACUCACCAACUUCCUUGGAACUCGUCAUAUCCGCGUAUGACGGCUUCACCAAUGAUCUACACAACUACGCUAUCAAAAAUCCAGAUGCAAUCCUCCGCGCUUCAAUUGAUGGUCCUUAUGGCGCAAUUCCGAACUUCUCUAAGACUGCCGAUAAAGUUAUUCUGAUUGCGGGUGGUAGCGGAGCAUCGUUCACAUUCGGCAUUGCCUUGGAUAUGCUCAAAAAGCUCGACAGCAAGUCAAAGACGACCAUUGAUUUCAUUUGGACAGUCAGAGAGCAGGAAACUCUCGCCUGGUUUAGCAAAGAGCUUGCACAACUUCGGGCGUCGCCAAGAGUAAACAUUACCCUCCACUCUACACGACCAUCAUACACCGGCUCACCUGCCUCACCCAUCGAUGACUCGUCGCCAAUCUCACCCACUUCACCCCUGGACAUAGAAAAACAGCUUUCAUUCGCAAGCACAACCCCUUUCGCAACUCGUCAUCCUGACCCAUUCCCCAUUGACGUCGAAAAGACACGCGUUAUAACGCACGGCGGGCCUGCGAACCCAUGGGAUUCCAGCACUUCCGUUACAUCUGUAGCUGUUCUACCCGGAAGACCAAACGUCGAUGUGUUGAUUCGAGACAUUGUAGCUAAGGCGACUGAUGAGGAGAGAAUUGCAAUUGCGGCAUGCGGGCCAGAUGAUUUGAUGUGGUGUGUUAGGAAGACAGCAACGAAUUGUAUUAAGGUCAAAGGACCCAGUAUCGAGUUACACUGUGAACAAUUUGGCUGGUAG